CAUAUGACCAGCCACACACCAGAGUUUUGUAGCUCACUGUUCGUGUCGUUUUGACUUAAACACUUGAUAAACAGACAGAAUGAGCAACAUUGCAAAGUUUCUUUCUAAAAGGCAGGACAGAGAAGAAGGUGUUGGGACGAAUGAGAGGGCGAUACCCUUUAACAAGCAGGACUACCAGAGUCUAAAGCGUGAAUGUUUGGAGAGAAAAACAUUGUUUCGUGACCCGACCUUCCCAGCCGAUUCUGAGUCGCUGGGAUACAAUGAACUUGGGCGGUAUUCCUUCAAGACUCGAGGAGUGGACUGGAAGAGACCAAAGGAGCUUUGUUCAAACCCCCAGUUCAUUGUGGAUGGUGCCAAGCGGACUGACAUCUGCCAAGGGGCUUUGGGCGACUGUUGGCUGCUGGCAGCCAUUGCCUCAUUGACUCUAGAUAACAACAUUCUGGAACGUGUAGUCCCACCUGGUCAGAACUUUACCGACGACUAUGCCGGCAUCUUUCACUUUCAGUUCUGGCAGUAUGGUGAAUGGGUGGAUGUUGUCAUUGAUGACCAGCUGCCCACCAAAGAUGGAAAGUUGCUGUUUGUUCACUCGGCUGAGGGUUCAGAGUUCUGGAGCGCCCUGCUGGAGAAAGCUUAUGCAAAGCUCAACGGCUCAUAUGAAGCUCUCUCGGGCGGCAGCACCAAUGAGGGUUUUGAGGACUUCACUGGAGGAAUUGCAGAGAAUUAUGAGUUGAGUAAAGCCCCUCCGCAUCUGUUUAAGAUCAUUCAGAAAGCACUUGGGUUGGGCUCACUGCUCGGCUGCUCUAUCGAUAUAACCAGUUCAUAUGAAACAGAGGCGGUCACCAGCCUGAAGCUGGUGAAAGGACAUGCGUACUCCGUUACUGGUGCAGAGGAGGUUCAUUACAUCGGCCGUCCGGUGCAACUGGUUCGUAUGAGGAACCCGUGGGGUCAGGUGGAGUGGACGGGCCCGUGGAGUGAUAACUCCAACGAGUGGAAUAAUGUCCCGCCAGAGCAGAAAGCUAAACUGGGUUAUUCAGCCGAAGAUGGAGAGUUCUGGAUGGCAUAUUCAGACUUCAUAAAGCACUUCUCCAAGCUUGAAAUCUGUAAUCUAACCCCAGACACUCUGACCAGUGAUGAGGUGGGCCAUUGGAACUACUGUCAGUUUGAAGGAAACUGGAGGGUGGGCUCCACGGCAGGGGGCUGCAGGAACAACCCGGCUACAUUUUGCUCAAACCUCCAGUUUGUGAUCAAGCUGGAGGAUGUUGAUGAUGAUCCUCAUGAUGGAGAGGAUGGGUGCACUUUGCUGGUGGGACUGAUGCAGAAAGAUGGACGUAAAGACAAACGUUUUGGACGGGACAUGAAUACCAUUGGCUUUGCCAUCUAUGAGGUUCCAGAUGAGUACAAGGGUCGUAAUAAUAUUCAUCUUGGUCCUGACGUGCUCCUGCGUACAAGAUCAAUUGCAGGAAGCAGCACCUUUAUUAACCUGCGAGAGAUGAGUGAGCGGUUUAAACUGCCUCCCGGGGAAUACGUCAUCAUCCCAUCAACUUUUGAGCCCCAUCGUAAGGGAAGUUUCUUACUGCGUGUGUUUACAGAGAAGGAGGUGGCCGCCAGCCCCAUGGAUUCAAAUAUUACGGCAAACUUGAAAAAGGAUUCCAUAUCUGAGAGUGACGUGGACCCGCAUUUUAAACACCUUUUUGUGCAGAUCGCUGGAAACGACUCAGAGGUGUCUGUGUCAGAACUUCAACAGAUACUAGACAACAUUGUUUCUAAAAGAACUGAAAUAAAGACUGAUGGAUUCACGUUGGAAACGUGCCGCCACAUUAUCAGCCUAUUAGAUAAAGAUGGCAGUGGUAAACUUGGCCUGGUGGAGUUUCACACACUGUGGAUAAAGAUCCAGAAAUAUUUGGAAGUUUUCAAGAGCCAUGACACAGACAACUCGGGCACUAUGAGUUCUCAUGAGAUGAGAGAUGCAGCAAAGGAAGCAGGGUUCCAGGUGAACAGUGAAAUACUUCAGGUGAUAAUCUCCCGUUAUGCCAACCAGCAGUAUGCCAUCGACUUUGAUAGCUUUGUGGGAUGCCUGAUCCGCUUGGAGAUGCUCUUCAAAAUGUUUAAAUUGUUCGAUAAGAAGAAUACCGGGAAGAUGGAGCUGGAUAUCCUGCAGUGGCUUUGCUUGGCCCUCAGUUAAAAAUCCACAUGUUUCAAGAAGACCCAGGAUUUCCUCAAGAAAAAUGUCAUGGUUGCAAAAGUAGAAUCAACCAAAGUAUUUUCAAAACUUUGAGUUGUCCUCAAAAUACAGUUUGUUUGUGGUGCUCAUCGGAUGAAAAUAAACGUAACUUACAAAACAGCUGGGUGUUCUACCAAAAUGUGCAUCUACAUGAAAACUGUAUAUAAAUUGAAUCAGAACGAAAUUGUUAAAGGCGAGAUCAGCAGUUUCCAAAUUACGCUUGUUUUGACAAGUCGGACCGAGUACCAAACCAACCUUGUAGCCGAUCGG